UUAUAUUUCAAGACACAAGACUACAAAAGAUACUCAAGAAAAGACUUUUUUUUUAAUAUUCGAAGAUGACUUUCCGCAAGAAAAUUUCAAGAGUAGUCCGCCAUGCAAGGCUCAUGUAUUGGUGGAGACGUCCCAUCGUCAACAAUGUUAACACACACACCCGCGCCUUGGCUAGCAUGGAUCCUCGGAGGCUGAGUCCUUUCCCCCAACGCCCCUGGAUGAGGUCGGAGGGCGCGGCGGCCGGUGCCGGGACCGGAACCAUGGGCCUGAAGGGCAUUGUGGCGGGGGGCAUUACCGGAGGUAUCGAAAUCUGCAUCACAUAUCCCACCGAGUUCGUCAAGACACAAUUGCAGCUGGACGAGAAGGGAGCAGCCAAGAAGUACAACGGUAUCGGCGACUGUGUCAAGAAGACGGUCCAGCAGCGUGGCUUCUUCGGACUGUAUCGUGGUCUCAGUGUGCUCCUCUACGGCAGUAUUCCUAAAUCGGCUGCGAGAUUCGGCGCAUUCGAGACCUUCAAAACGAGGAUCCAGGACUCCAAUGGACAGCUAAGCAGUUCCGGCAAGUUGCUGUGCGGCUUGGGGGCUGGUGUGUGUGAAGCUGUUGUGGCCGUCACGCCCAUGGAAACCAUCAAAGUCAAGUUCAUCAACGACCAGCGCAGCGCCAAUCCAAAGUACAAGGGCUUCGCCCAUGGAGUGGGACAUAUUAUUAAAAGCGAAGGCAUCGGCGGUAUCUACAAGGGUCUGACAGCUACCAUCCUGAAGCAGGGCUCUAACCAGGCCAUUCGAUUCUUUGUGCUGGAGUCCCUGAAGGAUAUAUACAAGGGCGAUGAUCCCAAGAAGCCGGUCCCCAAGCUGGUGGUGGGUUUGUUCGGUGCCAUUGCCGGCGCUGCUUCCGUGUUUGGUAAUACGCCAUUGGAUGUCGUGAAGACCAGGAUGCAGGGCCUGGAGGCAGCCAAGUACAAGAACACUGCCGACUGUGCGGUGAAGAUCCUGAAGAACGAGGGUCCUGCCGCUUUCUACAAGGGCACAGUGCCCCGACUGGGUCGCGUUUGUCUGGAUGUUGCAAUUACGUUUAUGAUCUACGACUCGUUUAUGGACUUGUUCAACAAGGUAUGGGUCUAACCAGACCAGAAUGGUACGGCUGCGGCUUAGUAGUUAGUUCGUAUGGAUCCAAAUCGUGCAUUUUUUCCUGACCCCCCUUUAUAUCCUAGUCGGUUGUUGCAAUAGAUUCUAUUUUUUGACAUAUUCCAAGUACGCAUUUUAUCGAUGUAUCGACCCGAUUAUAUCCAAAUUAAAUAAUGAAUGUUUCAAAUCGAUUAGUUGUUAUUUGAGUAAUAAUAGCACUUUAAAAAUUUAAAUAUAUUUUAUAUAUUUAUUUUAAAGACAUUCUCUAUUUUUUGAUAAGUUUAAGAUUCAAAGAAAUUAAGAUUCUACAAAUUCGGUGAAACUUGUUAAUAAAAUCUUUUAAAUGAUGUGGCUUAUCAUAGAUUA